AUGGAGACCCUUGCGCCUCCGCCGACUCUCACGCACCUCUUUACCUUGCGAUGCACGGUUAAUCCGCCUAUGGAGAUCGGACAUGGUCCCUUUGGCCAACGACGCUGCGUCCCGAUCAUGUUGGGCUUGGUGCGCGGCAAGUAUUUGAACGGCGAAGUCGUGCCUGAAGGGGCAGAUUUCAUGAUCGUGGAGGAGGACCAGACGACGCAUGCCAACACCAACUAUGUAAUCAAGAGCGAUGACGGCGCGUUCCUCUACAUCCGUACCGAAGGCACUCGUGCCGGUCCGCCCGAGGUGCUGCGCGCACUGAUGGAGGGCGGGCCCGUGGACCCCAGCCAGUACUGGUUCCACUUGCAUGUCAAAAUCGAGACAGGCCACGAGAAGUACCGUUGGAUGAACGACCGAGUGAUUGUCGGCCGGGCCACUAGGGCCCAGGGUGAGGUUGCCUACGACGCAUAA